AUGUUGGAGAGGCUUCGCAGGCCCGACGGCUACUCGCGGAAUCUCCCGCUCGCCCGUACACGCGGCAGCGAGUACAGCACCAGUCAUAGCCAUUCCCGCUCGUACUUUUACGAGAAGGCGGACGCACACGUCUCCCCAGAGACGUCAUCCGAGAGCCCUUCGCCACGGGAGACACGCGUGACCCUCCCCCCCCUACGGCAGCCUACUAGGUCCCCCAUGCAGAGCAUAAGCUUUGCCACCACGACCUCCGCGACCUCCACCUGGGCCAUGUCCCCUUCGGCGUACUCGCCCUCAUCAACCCGCUCCUCAUCUCCGGUCUCUCGCAGCAGGAUACAGCCCCGCGAGGAGUACCGCGCGAAGAUCGAGUCUGAGCAGGGAGCUGCGAUUUCUCCAAGGGAUCCCGACCUUGACUCCUGGGUGAUUGCGCAGCAAAAAGCCCUUGCGAUGAUCCCCCCGCGCCCUACCCCGCAGGUCAUUCACCCGCGCGCGAGCAUCUCGCCCGAUCGUCAUCGCUCGCGCGCAGCGUCCCCAUUAUGGCAUCCAUAUCCAUACCCUGCGGCUUUCACCGCAGAGCGGCACGCAUACAGAGAGCGGCAGGACAGCUGGUCUCCCGAGCCUGACGGUUGGCAGUACCUGCCCCCUUUGAGGAAUCUCCAGCCCAGCCGAGCGGCAUCUCCGGAGUUUGUCCAAGGUUCCUCGAGCGCCGUGUUCUCGGCGCCUUCGCGUUCUCCCAGCCCUAGCCCCAGUGUGAGCUCGUACAGCACCAAUGAGGCGUCUGGCCGCACCGACACCGACCCGACCGACGAGGACGACCCCGUCAAGGUGGAGCCGGAGUGCAUCAAGCUCCCGCCUCUCCGCACCAUGUUUCCCGACGCAGCACCCGGAUGGUGCACGCAUCACAGCUGGAAUGGCUCGGAGCGCUCGUCGACCAGUUCCGUCCACCGAGACGCAUUAAAUCCGCUCAGCCGCUCGGCCGUCACCUUGUCUUCUAGUGCGGAGUAUAGCGCGCGCUGGAGGCCCAGAUCGCCCUUCCGAGACGAUGGCGAUGGCGACCUUCCGGCCCAGGUCUCCGACCUUCGCUCCAGCAUCUCGCACGAAACCAGCAACUCCCCCGUGACGGUGAGCACGCGCACCCAGUGGCGGACACAGCAGGGUCCAGCUUCUACUCGCGGUCGCCCCGCGCCCGUCGAGCGCAUCCCCUCCGUCGGUACGGCGCACACGGCAGAGCUUCCGGUGAUGUCGCCCACUCCCAAGAAGUACCGUUUCGUCACGAGCAAGCCGGUCGGAACCAACGCGGAGCUGCGUGAGGAGGAGCUCGACGAACGCCGUCGUCCCGUGACCGUCAGCCCUAGCGGCACCAAGCGCAGACACCCUGGCACGUCCUCCCCUUCCGAGUCGAGCGUGGACGCCCCCUCCCCCCCGGAGACGCCCGAGGAGGAGGAGGACGGCCCGCGCAAGCGCAGGCAGGGGCAGGGCCAGCUCCCGUACGAGGGCUCGUUCCCCGCCGAGCCGGGCUCGAACGCUCGUCUCGUGCGCAGCCCGCGCGGGGCGAUCGUGCCCGCGUACCACUACGACACGGAGCGGGCGCUCAAGUGCGCGUUCCCGCAGUGCGGCGCAGUGCUGACGGGCAAGAAGAGCGAGACGGCGAGCCACAUGCGCUCGCACUUCCUGCAGGCCGUCGAGGAGACGCUCGAGUGUCCGUGGCCGGUCGAGGGCGAGGACGGGCAGAAGGCGUGCUGCGGGAUGGCGUUCAAGGACAGCGCCAAUUUUGGCAGGCACGUGAGUUCGAAGCACAUCAAGGCGGAGGAGUACCAGUGCAAUAGGUGCGGGCGGCCGUUCGCCAGGCGGGACGCGGCGUUGCGGCAUAUGAAGACGCUGUGUCGGGUGGAUGGAUCGGGACCGAAGAGGAAGAAUGAGAAGAGGCCGAAGACGAAAACGGAGGAAUUUGAAGAAGUAUACGUGUUCGAUGGUUAG